AUGACCACCCAAUCCACCAAUGAUCCAAAAUCCGUGUAUGAUUUUGUUGUCAAGGAUGCUAAGGGAGAUCAUGUAGAUCUCUCCACUUACAAGGGAAAAGUCUUGCUCAUUGUCAACGUAGCUUCUAAAUGUGGAUUGACCAACUCCAAUUAUACAGAGCUGAAUCAAUUAUAUGAGAAGUAUAAAGAGGAAGGCCUGGAGAUUCUGGCAUUUCCAUGUAACCAAUUUCGUGAACAAGAACCCGAAAGCAAUGCUAAAAUUGUGGAGUUUGUCUGCACUCGCUUCAAAUCUGAAUUCCCCAUCUUUGAUAAGAUUGAAGUGAAUGGGGACAAUUCUGCACCUUUGUAUAAAUUCUUGAAAUUAGGCAAAUGGGGACUUUUUGGGGAUGAUAUUCAGUGGAACUUUGCCAAAUUUCUUGUUGACAAGAAUGGACAAGUGGUGGGUCGUUACUACCCCACCACACCUCCUCUCAGCAUUGAGCGUGACAUCAUCCAACUUCUAGGUAUUUCCUGA